UCCAUGGCCACGUCCAUAUCUUUGCUCCGGCCUCUCCUUGACUGCUCCCGAGGCUGCUUCAGGGAGGACUUUAUGCUUACGACUGGACUAGCCAUCACCAUGCGAAAUGCACUGGUGCCUUCAAAUUGACGCGGACCUUCUCAAAAAACAAGGCUGAGCGCAUGCAGCUAUCUAAUCAUGCUUAGGAUGGUGUAGAAGCCACCAUGCAAUCCACCAGCGAGAUGCAUAUUAUGGGGCGAAUUGGAGCCUGGUCUGUCAUUUGGCCCCUGAUCGGAGCAGCUGCUACAAGAGAGCCUUCUGCGGACCUAGCAGCGCGUGGUAAGUAUAAGCCCCCAGCCUACCCUCUCAAUUAGGUCCUCUUUCCUCUUUACUCGCUAUCGUAACUUCUUUUGCACCUCUCUCUAGCCUGUCAUGGCUGGGAACCAAGUUAAUAAUCCUGUUGCGCUCCCUCCUUACACCAGCCUUGUGGAUGUCCAGAAGAUUCGCAACCCCUGCGUUUCCAAUCUAGCGGAUUUCCUCCACGAGCCUCCCCAGAAUUUGCACUGUCGCAUUCGUUUACUUGAAUUCAACCAGGGUGGUGCAGCCCCGACACCCACCAACGUCGAUCAAGUAAACCUUGCAGCGGUGCUCACCGCGGCCAAACCGGCAACCCUCCUUGGUCGACUCUUCCUAAUCGAAGACCUUACCAGUAAUGUCGUCGAGACGUUCGGAUCCAUUAUCAACAUUGAUCCACUCUUCUUCGCCUCGCACCUCGAUACUCCUUCGCAGGACAUCAACAGGCAAGCCCCAGAUAAGGCAACCCUGCCCUCCAGAUUGAAGAACAAAGACUACGUGAACAUUCAUUACCACCGGACGAUUGUUUUCAAUUGCCAGAUGCCAGAUGAAUACUUGAAGCUGCGAAGAGACAUCAACAUACACCGCAAAGUUGCGGUAUUGACGCCUAUCAAGAAAAGACGAAUCGGGCUGGCCCAGCAUUGUGUCUCCAUUUACCGAACCACACGAACGAGCGGAGACUGGAUAGCACUUAUCCUGACUGAUCCGGAGAUUUCCAAUCGCUACAAAAGCCCGAACGGGAUUCUCUCCUACGCUUCCGAGCUUUUCGCUGGCGGUUAUGAAGACUUCCUACCGCCCCGUCCCUUACCUCCAACCGGGCCCCUAGAACCGCAGCGAUCUAAUCUCCUCGACGAUCUGCUAUACUACUUUGCCGUUGGCGGCUAUCCCUUUCCGAACGGUAAUCCGACACUACUGGCCUUCGCGCGCUGUCCACUUCAAAUCGUUGCGCGGGAGUGGGUAAACUACGUUGCAGUCAUGUCGCAUUCAGUCAAACAAUACGAAUACGACAGCAAAGACUUCAAAGACUACAAGAACAUCGAAGUCAACCUCAAGGAGUUGCAACGGUGGCGACGGCGCGCUAUGGCCAGCGAGCAGAAGAUCCGCGCCGCAACAUCCUUCCUCCGCUAUUCGCGCUCGCUGGAAGCGAAGCCAGACAGAGCCCAGUGGGACCCCCACCUCGAAGACUGGGCCUAUGUAGGCAACGACCUGCGCACCUGCGGUCGCACGCUCGAUCAUAUGGUCUCAGUCAGCCAGAUACUCGACGCCCGCCGCUCCGUCGACGAAACAAAGGCAACGACCAAGCUGACAACCUUGGCGCUGCUCUUCUUUCCCCUGAGCCUGUUCGCGAGUAUAUUCAGCAUGGCGGAUAGAUUCAGCCCCGGAAAGGGCCUCUUCUGGGUCUACUUCGUCGUUGCCGUUCCUGUGUGUCUCGUUCUGUACGUUCUGGUUCGGCCACCUCAGUGGGUGAAGGUCAAGUGGAAGGAGAGUAGGCUGCGCAAGCCGUGGCAGAAGAUCAAGGAUAGAUGGAACUAUCCUAUCUCGGACUGGAGGCCGCCUGCAUAGCCCAAUGGUAAGCUGAAGGGAUUUCAGAAGCAGCAGGGGGCUAGUGACGCUGGGGGAUAAUUUAGGUCGGCAACGUUUAUUACCUAAGGGCGGGUACGACGCUAUAGCGGCCUACCACAAAGAGCCUUUCUGACGAUGUCC